UGAGUAUAGUCUAAGGGCUCUUGCACACGAACGUGCAAUCCGCCGACCGGCUGUUCCACCGACCGGCAAGAAAAUCGGAAGAUGGUAUUUUACCCACAUUCGAAUACAACUUAACACACUUGCCGGUACCGGCUAUUCUGCCGACCGGCCGCCGUUCAUAUUAAAAUUUGUACGGCGAACACACGGCUGCCGGUCGGUAAAUUAACCGGCGCGUUCAUUUCAAUGCAUGCAAGUCUAUGCCUGUUGACACACGAACGGGGAUUCUACUGUCGCCGUGGUACAGAGUCGUAGUUUCAUUUCCGUUUAGACAGUGUAGUCAUGAGGAAUAAAACUAAAGCCGCCUGGCAAGAAAUCAUCGAUACAUUUAUUUAUGAAAACCUGAACGAAGCAGAAAAGGCCGAAAUAGCUAAAACACUAUUGCAAAAAUGGAACAACAUUUUUGACAGUUUUGUGAAGAGUUAUAAAAAAAAUAAAACUCUUAAGUCAGGCUCUAGUUUUAGAAGAAUAAGAAAGUACAUCUUCCACGAUCAGUUGCAAUUCCUUGCAAAAACAAUCGAACACAAUACUACAACAUCCAGUAUUUCACAAGAAAAAAAUACCGAAACGAUGGCGCAACAGAAUGUAGAUGAUAGUAGCAAUGAAGGCGAUUCUCAAAUUGAUUAG